AUGAGACUCCCCUACGUCCCCAACCCGCCGCCAACCAGCUCCGCCGAGCACGCCGCCAUCGUCUCCCGCAUCGAGGCCCGGCGCGCCCCGCGGCCCCUCCAGUCCCUCGAUCUCACGCUGCUGCACUCGCCCGCCGUCGCCGACGGCUGGAACACCUUCCUCGGCGCCAUCCGCACCCGGACGUCCCUCACCCCGGACGUCCGCGAGCUCGCCAUCUCCCGCGUCGCCGUCUGCAACAAGGCCUGGUAUGAGUGGAAGCACCACGCGCCCCUCGCCGCCCAGGCCGGCGUCAGCGCCGAGGCCCUCGAGGUCGUCAAGCAGGAUGUCCUCGACGCGGCGCAGCGGCCCGCGGAGCUGCUGAGCGAGAAGCAGUGGGCCGUGCUGCUGUACACGGAUGAGAUGACUAGGAACGUCCACGUCAAGGACGAGACGUUUGCGAAGGUCAAGGAGCUAUUCAAUGACCAAGAGCUCACAAAGGCUCACAUGGACAAGGUUGCAACAUACAACUGCGUGAGCCGCUUCCUGGUGGCACUCGACGUCGGCGAGAGGAACGGAACCGGGCCCGACGACGUGUCCGCCCACUGA